AUGGCGCCCAAGAGAGCCAGCUCCCAUCGACCGUCUGCUGCGCGCCACGGAUUUCCGGACAACGACGAUACAGUGGACUACGAGGUUCAGCAUUUGCAAGCAAUGAAUAUCAAUGCACAGUCAGUCCUGAAGCAGAAACCGAGAGGCCUCAACUUGCCCUACUACGACAGAAUUGAGUAUGACGUCUCCGGCCGCGUCGCUAUUCCACCCCCCCGUUCUUCCUCGGCGGACUUCGGCUCCUCCUCGGCUGCCUCAGCUCGGGUCUUGCACUCCUCUUAUCUGUUUGGUAUCCGAUGA